GUCUUCUUAAUUGACUCUCACACAGUAGCGUAGGGGGUCACAGCAGCUGUUCUGGCAGUGGUGUGCACAGCAAAAGUGUGCGUGCGGUGAAUUCACCUUGCAGCCCAGAGUGGAUCUCGCUGAGCCCCAUUAAAAUGCUUUUUCAGUUUCUCCCAGCCUAUGUCGUGGCCCAGGUUGCAACAGGAGUUUGGAUCUCUCGGCUCCUGCACAGCAGAGGUUACUGAACCCGUUCCCGCAGGAAGAGCAGUGCUAGGAAACGUUGAGCCUGUUCUUGGCGGGGCCAACUGAAGUGGUUUGGGUUUUCUUCCUUGCUGUAAUUAAAUAAGAAAACAAGAAGCCUUAGUUUAAAUCUUUUUAAUCUUUCUCCAGAGAAGAAAUGCUGAUUAGCACUAUGCAGCAUCUGUUAGAGAUGGGCUGAAUUGCGGCAAAGGUAGUCUUGACCUUGAAUUUGGGAUUUUCAUGCCAGCGUUUUGAGGUUGCCAUUUACCUGUUGGAACAACGCUAUGGCUUCAUAUAAAUCUAAGUGAUUUUUGCUAGGUGAAAGGGAUUUGUUUCCUUGCUUACAGCAUUAUGGAAGCUCUUUAUUUGCCAGGUUGGGUAAGGCAUCAGCUUUAGUUAAUUUCUGAUGCCUUAUUUAUUUCUCUGUCCGGCACGUGUAAAAUAAUAUUUUUGGUACACAUAGCUUUCUGCCUUAAGCUUCCAUCAGAGAGCAGCUUGACACAAAUUAUACGAGGGGAUGGAUGUGGGAACAAAGGAGGUAUAAUUAGCUACAGAUAAACAGAACUGUGUUUCUCGUCAGCAUCCUUUCAGAUCUGAACUUGUGUCUCACCCUCUUGGAGCUAAUUCUUCUCAGACUGGAAGAGGAAGGCAAGCUUUCGCUGGUCUUCCAGCUUUCAGCCAGCCUUCAGCUUGAAGUGAGCUAAAUUGAAAUGAAAAAUAUGUUUAUGGUCUGUCUGCACCUGCAGAUGAGGCUGUGGCUGCUCUGAGAGCUGCUGUUAUUUCAGGAUAAUUCUCUUUUCUGGUUGCCUGAGCUGCGACGACUUCUUCUUUUUCUUGUUCCCCUCUGCCCUUUUGUGUCCUGUCUUUAGCACCGCGGCAGCGCAUGCGGCUUCUGCUCGAAUGGCCGUUUUGUUGGAGUAUGUCUGGCAACAGAGCUGAGCUGCGUUGUAGGUUGGCGUGACCUUACCUUUUAGAUCAGGACCAGAUGAGUAGAGGGAGGUUUCUGUGAAGAUCAGAGUCACCCCAGCCGUGCCCUGGGAAGCGGCCCAGCAGUGCUGCAUCUCCAGCUGUCAUCGCUACGGACCUGGAAAAGAAAGAAGAAGAGAAGAAAAAUGUCCCAUGCUUUAAAGCAAGUGUUCAAUAAAGACAAAACCUUCCGGCCCAAGCGCAAGUUUGAGCCAGGGACUCAGCGGUUCGAAUUGCACAAGAAGGCUCAAGCCUCGCUCAACGCUGGCUUGGACUUGAAAGUUGCUGUCCAGCUGCCGCCGGGAGAGGAGCAGAACGACUGGGUGGCCGUGCACGUGGUGGACUUCUUCAACCGCAUCAACCUGAUCUACGGCACCAUCAGUGACUAUUGCACGGAGCAGUCCUGCCCUGUCAUGUCAGGGGGACCCAAGUACGAGUAUCGAUGGCAGGAUGAGCACAAGUACCGCAAACCCACAGCCCUCUCUGCUCCCCAGUACAUGAACCUCCUGAUGGACUGGAUUGAGGUACAGAUCAACAACGAGGACAUCUUUCCCACUAAUGUUGGUACUCCCUUCCCCAAGAACUUCCUCCCAGUGGUGAAGAAGAUUCUCUCCCGGCUCUUCCGGGUCUUUGUCCAUGUCUACAUCCACCAUUUUGACCGGAUCACCCAGAUGGGGUCGGAAGCCCACGUGAACACCUGCUACAAGCACUUUUACUACUUUGUGAAAGAGUUUAAUCUCAUAGACACCAAGGAGCUGGAACCACUGAAGGAAAUGACCUCCCGGAUGUGCCACUGAGAUCAGACCCUCCUGCUCCCACCUCGGCAUCUCUUCCGAGGACUCCGAGUCCCACUCCUGUACUGGAGACGUGAUUCAGGGGAAGAACAGAGACGUUUUGUUAAAGAAAUCUAUAUAUUUUUAAUGAGUUUCAAGGUAAAACUGUGAUAUCGCAGGAAUAUUUUUUUAAAGAUGCUCUAGAUAAACUAGUUUUUUAUAGUAAUUUCUAUAAAAAAAAGAAAAUAUUUUGGGCCACUUGGUGGAAAUGCUUGCUCUUUGAGGAGGGAAAAGCCAUGUACCGCUUCUUCCCCGUGCCUUCACUGCAGCGGCACCGAGUGAGCCGAGCCAGAUGCUUCAGCUAGAGCCAUGUCGUGUAGCUGGUGCUGCCAUGGACGCGGUACUGCCCUCCAGGCACCCAUCUCCCACCCAGGAAGGGAGGUUACAUGGGGACUGGGGAAGAAAUGCUGGUGUACGUGGAUCCCCUGGGGUGCUGGUUGGUUCCAGCACCUCUUCCACUGGCUGUGAGUCCAGUUUUUGGACAGAGCUGCUUUUGUGCUCACCCUCCCUUGGCAUCCUGUCCCCAAAGCUUGGCCCUCCUUGUGUUCUCUCUGAAAGAAGCCGGACCUGGGUUCCUUUCAUGGCUAGGCCAGCACUGCCACUGCUAACGGAGUCUGCGGGAGCGCUGCUGUUGUGAAUCUGCUCACACCAGCCCCCAGCUGAGCUUCUCCCCACGCGCAGCCCCACUGCGGCUCUGGAUGCGCCAUCCCCACGGGGGACAGGGAUCUGCACCGGCAGCGUCAGGCCCAGCAGACCUGUGCUCGGUGGGAAUGACGCAGGGAAGGCACUGGGACACACGUGGGGAAGUCGUCUUCCCGAACACCUGCACUUCCCCAUCUCCUGGCGGUACGCUGGCCCUGCCGAGAAGGACCUGGGCUGCUUGCCCUCCCUGCCUCGCUUACUGGGGGCGUGUGGACCAUUUUCUGCUUCCCAUUAGGGUACAGAGCCUUCUCCCUCUUACCGAGCAGCACGUCCCCGCUCAGCUGCACACAUCUUGUAAUCAAAGUCUGGUGUGCAGCCAGAGCCCGCUGGCCCUGCCUGCUGCUUGCACAAGCAGCUCCACUGCGUGACGAGAGCGUUGCGGUGCCCCUGAGGUAGGUAGAUAGGUCUACCUAGGGUCUGGGGGGAGUGGGGGAGCAGGGCUGAUGGUAAGAGAAAAGGUUUCCAUGAACAGUGACCAAACUACCACUAACCACUUCUUCCUUACAGAGUUUUUCUGUGUCCUGGAAUCUCUGUACAUACGUGACUCUCAUUUCUUGUGCUAUCGUUAGGACACUCAUACAAAUACCACUAUAGUUCUCUGAAAUGGAACCAAUAAAUUAUGUUGUAUUUACACAGCA